AUGCCCGUUGUUUUGGUCCGCCCGACCAAUAGGACGCGUUGCCUGGAUUCUACGGGUACCGAGAUGGGCCCUUCCUCCCGUACUGAGGACUUCCCCAUCCCUACCAGAACGCAUUGCGCUGGGUGCACAGCCUGGCGGUCCUCCUGCAGCUUAAACAGCCCUGACAUGGAAACAUCGCUGCAGUUCCAGCACGGUUUCUACCCAGAGCAACAGCCUCAGCAGCGACCACAGAACCUGCACUGCCAGAGCCCGGACGAACAGCUCUUUCUGCAGCAGGACGGUCCGUGCUUUCAGUGCCACAGCUUUUCCUUUCACGGGGAUAACCUGCCACUUCUACGGACCUCUUCCCCUCUCACCGGUGCUUUCCGCACGAACUCCUCGCCCCUGUCCUCAACCUCCUCCCGCCAGGGCAGCCAGCUGAACGUGAGUGACUUGACGCCCUCCAGCCAUGCCAGUUUGUCCAGGCAUCACCAGCACCUCCAGCAGCAGCAGCACCACAGCAACCAGUACCACCAGUGCCACAGCCGGCAGCAGGCGAGCCCCACCAGCAGCCAGCGCCGGGAGAGUAACCCCUUCACGGAAAUAGCCAUGAGCAGCUGUCGGUAUAACGGAGGAGUUAUGAGACCGCUAAGCAACCUGAGUGCCUCCCGCAGGAACCUCCACGAGCUGGACUCGGAGUACCAGCCUCUGCAACCCAUGUCAAGCGGGAGCGCCGCCCCGGAGAUCGUGGUGUCCAAACCCGAGCACAACUCCAACAGCCUGGUCCCUUACAGCUCGGGAGCCACUGGAGGUGGCGGCAGCGGCGGCAGCGCUGGAGGGGGUGGUGGGCAAAGCAACAGUGGGAGUAAGAGCAGCAAAAAGAAAAACCAGAACAUAGGCUACAAAUUGGGUCACCGGAGAGCUCUGUUUGAGAAGAGGAAACGCCUGAGUGACUAUGCGCUCAUCUUUGGGAUGUUUGGGAUCGUAGUGAUGGUGAUCGAGACCGAACUCUCAUGGGGAGCCUAUGACAAGGCUUCGCUGUACUCCUUAGCUCUAAAAUGCCUUAUAAGCCUUUCCACGAUUAUUCUGCUUGGUCUAAUUAUUGUAUACCACGCAAGGGAAAUCCAGUUGUUUAUGGUGGAUAAUGGCGCUGAUGACUGGAGAAUAGCCAUGACAUAUGAACGCAUUUUCUUUAUGUGCUUGGAAAUACUGGUGUGUGCUAUUCAUCCCAUACCAGGAAAUUAUAAAUUCACAUGGACAGCCCGGCUUGCCUUCUCUUACGCACCCUCAGUAGCAACGGCUGACGUGGAUAUUAUUUUAUCUAUACCAAUGUUCUUAAGACUGUAUCUGAUUGCCAGAGUUAUGCUGUUACAUAGCAAACUUUUUACUGAUGCUUCUUCCAGAAGCAUUGGAGCACUAAAUAAAAUAAACUUCAAUACCCGUUUUGUAAUGAAGACAUUAAUGACAAUAUGCCCUGGAACAGUACUGUUGGUUUUUAGUAUCUCAUUAUGGAUAAUUGCUGCAUGGACUGUCAGAGCCUGUGAAAGAUACCACGAUCAACAGGAUGUCACUAGCAACUUUCUUGGAGCCAUGUGGUUAAUUUCAAUUACUUUUCUAUCGAUUGGAUACGGUGACAUGGUACCACAUACAUACUGUGGGAAAGGAGUGUGUUUACUUACUGGAAUAAUGGGUGCUGGCUGCACUGCACUCGUUGUGGCUGUGGUAGCGAGGAAGCUAGAACUUACCAAAGCAGAAAAACAUGUUCAUAAUUUUAUGAUGGAUACCCAGUUAACUAAAAGAGUGAAAAAUGCCGCUGCUAAUGUUCUCAGGGAAACGUGGUUGAUAUAUAAAAACACAAAACUGGUCAAAAAGAUAGACCAUGCAAAAGUUCGAAAACACCAGAGAAAGUUUUUGCAGGCUAUUCAUCAGUUACGAAGUGUUAAAAUGGAGCAGAGGAAGCUAAAUGAUCAAGCAAACACCUUGGUGGAUUUGGCAAAGACACAGAACAUCAUGUAUGACAUGAUCUCCGACUUAAAUGAAAGAAGUGAAGACUUUGAGAAGAGGAUUGUUGUCUUAGAAACAAAGCUAGAGACAUUAAUUGGUAGCAUUCAAGCUCUCCCUGGACUGAUUAGUCAGACAAUCAGCCAACAGCAAAGGGACCUGGUUGAAGCUCAAUUGCAAAAUUAUGACAAGCAUGUUGCAUACAACGUUGACCGAUCACGGUCUGUUUCCAGAAGGAGAAGGUCUUCAUCCACAGUACCUCCAACUUCAUCAGAAAGUAGCUAGAAGACAAUAAUUUAACCCAAAAAAGACUUUUUUUUGCCAUCAUAUGGUCAAUAUUUUAGCUUUUAUUGUAAAGCCCUAUGGUUCUAAUCAGUGUUGUCUGGGUUCUGAUGUCAGAAUCUUAGAAACCUGAACACAAAGUUUUAGGCCAAAUAGAGUGAGAACUCUUUUAUUUCUUUCAGAUGCAUAGUGAAUGCACCUAUCAUUGCUAUAUAGAUUGUUUCUCCUGUAAUUUCACUAACUUUUUAUUCAUGCACUUCAGAAAAAAACUUUACUACUAUAUAGUAUAAUAAAAUAUUAAUUUCUGAACAUAA